AUGGAACACCGUUUUAUAUUCAGCCAAUGGAAGGGCAAAAAUAUAAAAGAAAGAGCGAGAAAAGAGGAAAUGAAUAGCAAAGGAGCAGAAGAGUGGAAAGAAAGUGUGCAGAUGGAGGCACUGGACGACUUAUCAUCGAACAUUCAGAGAGAAGAAAUAUUGAAGGGACUCGAGGAGGAGUUCAGAAAGGGUCUACAGGAAGUGCGAAGACACAAAAAAGAAAAAGAAGAAAGCAUUCCAGAGAAAAAACAAGACCGGAUAUACUCAGAGCUGUAUUUAGUGAAGAAAGGAAGCGACAAAUGGGAGAGCAUUAGGAGCGCAACAAUAAACAACACGCCGAUUACUCUGUUCAAUCGGGCACUCUCUCCUCCCGAGAACAGAAAAGAUGCGUACAAGAUAAAUCUGAAAGAAGGCGUUCUGUUUUUCAAUGUGAGCAACGACCAUCUGCUGGUCAUAACAGAAACAGGGGUUAUAAAAAUAUUUGCCAUUAUGAACAACUGCCAGCUGCAGAAGGUGUGGGAGAUAUCCAACCAUCUGUUCGUUUUUUUAAUUAAAACAAAAAGCAUUCCCCAUUCAGUGGCUGACACUCUGAGCAUUGUGCUAAUACAGCUAUACUACAAGAAAGUCAAAGAAAUAGAGAAAGUGUUCGAAGGGCUGCUCUCUUUCUGCAGGAUAAGCACGAUAAAGAAAGCGUUCUUUUUCAACGGCUAUCUGUGCAUGGUUUCGUCAUUCGGAGAGAUGCAGAUAUUUGAUGAAACGCUGAGAGAGAUACCAAUUGGAAAGAACAUCAAGUCGAUUAUCAAGUCCAUCCUCAAAGAGCCUGCAGAAAAAAAAGAGCACAUCAACAGAAUGGUGAAGAGCGAAAUCACAAUCACGCUGCGCCCAAUUAUCAUAAAAAUACUGAAAGAUAAGGUAAAAAUGAUAUACUCCAAAAAAAGCGUGUACGAAGAGAUAAGCUUCAGCAAGAACGAACAGGUGGUCUAUAACGACAACAUUCUCUUCCUCAAAGAAAAGACGACAAUACAUGCAAUAAUCCUAGGAUAA